UCUAAUGUUUUUCAAUGUCUGCAAAGAGGGUGACGUUUACCUAUCCAUGAAAAUUUUCUACUGAGACGUCGAAUUCUCCCCUUUCAUGAUGAAAUCACCGCUACGGAAAGCCGUGGUCGUUGUCCUAGUUGUCUACGCCAGCGUUUCAUGGUGUGAGGAUAUUCCAUCAGAAACUCCGUCACGAACGAACAGUUCAAUUGGCAUGAACAACACAGAGGGGGAAGUAAAUGCGACAAAAACUACACCAGUUACUACAACACAACCUCCAACAACCACCGAGGCGCCGAUCGAGGAAAUACCCGAACCACCUGAGGUCGAACAACACAGUUCGAUGACAAUUUUUUUCAUUCUUCUCGUUGUAGCCCUUUGUAUUUUGUUGAUCCACUUUUUACUGAAGACUAAAUUUCACUACCUUCCUGAAAGUGUAGCUGUUGUUUUCCUGGGUGCACUAGUUGGUUUGGUUAUAAAAGCCUUAAGUCAUUUUGCUCUUGGAGACUGGAGGAAAGAGGAACACUUCAAUCCUACAGCAUUUUUCCUGAUUUUGUUGCCACCAAUAAUUUUUGAAUCUGGGUAUUCACUCCAUAAGGGUAAUUUUUUUGCCAACAUAGGCUCGAUUAUUGUUUUUGCUAUUUUUGGAACAGCUGUAUCAGCUAUUGUUAUUGGAGGUGGUAUCUAUUUAUUGGGAAAGGGUGGUGUAGCAUUUCAACUUGAUUUAAGAGAAAGCUUUGCCUUUGGCUCCCUGAUUUCAGCAGUGGAUCCUGUAGCAACACUGGCAAUCUUCCAUGCAUUGGAUGUUGAUCCAACAUUAAACAUGUUGGUGUUUGGCGAGAGUAUUCUUAAUGAUGCUGUUUCUAUCGUCAUGACCAAUACUAUCUUAGAGAUGGGAGCUGCACAAUACGCUGAUAGUAGUUCUUUUGAGACAUUCUUCUCAGCUGUGGGGAAUUUUCUUGUAAUGUUCUGUGGUUCAGCAGGCAUUGGGAUCCUAUUUGCUCUCAUAAGUGCAUUUCUUUUGAAGCAUGUUGAUUUGCGAACCACUCCUUCUUUAGAACUUGGUACCAUGUUAAUAUUUUCCUAUGCACCUUAUGGUUUGGCAGAGGGCCUAAAACUAUCAGGAAUCAUGGCUAUUUUAUUCUGUGGCAUUGUUAUGUCUCACUACACCCAUUUUAAUUUGUCACCCAUGACUCAAAUUACAGUACAACAGAUUUUUCGUACAACAGCUUUUAUGGCAGAAACAUGUGUAUUUGCUUAUUUAGGAAUGGCAAUCUUUAGUUUCAAACAUCAAUUUAGACCAGCAUUUGUUAUUUGGACUAUAAUUCUUUGUUUACUUGGAAGAGCAGUGAAUAUUUACCCACUAUCUUCCCUUGUAAACCAAUUCAGAGAUAUUAGAAUCUCUCGCAAAACUCAGUUCAUAAUGUGGUUUAGUGGUUUACGGGGGGCUGUGGCCUUUGCUCUUGUGCUCCAUCUUCAGUUGGAUGAUGAAAAGCGACAUGUCCUCAUCACCUCUACACUCAUUAUAAUCAUGUUCACAAUUCUGUGUUUAGGCGGAUCAACUCUUCCAUUGUUAAAGUUACUCAAAGCAGAUCAAGGAUUGGAAAAGAGUUUAACACUUAGUAAAACACAGACAGAGGGUAAAGCAGUGGAUGCAGAUCAACUGACUGAUGAUGAAUGGAGAAUAAGCAGCAGGAAAGCUUUGAAGGGCUUCUCUCGGCUUGAUGCUAAGUAUUUCAUUCCAUUCUUCACCAGAAAGUUUACAAGACAGGAGGUCCGCAAUGCACAUGAAGAAAUGCAGCGCUUAACAAGUCAGUUAUACAGUGAAGUGCACAGUGACUUGGCAUCUGAAGAUGAAGCAGAGAACAAACUCUAAAUUACACAUUUGUCUCACAAUGAAGCAAUUUGGGAAGGGGUAAAUGAAUGCAAAUUUAGAUCUAGUAGAUCACUAAUUAAGGGUAAGGACAUAGUGAUGUGUUGUUACACUUAUGGAUAUUUAUUUCUGGGUUUUUUUUUUAAAUACAAGCUAAAUAUUUCAUGUUUUAGACAUUAUCUCAUAACUUGAAACUACAAUCACUGUUGUGAAUAACAUUCCUUUUCAAAGCUCUGACAGAAGGCUGAUGCUCAAACAUCACCUUUUGAAGCUCUUUACAGUGGCUAAUUUACAUUACUAACUCAGAUGAUAAAACCAAAUUACCUUUUCAAAGCUUCUCUUACUUGGAUGAUCAGACCACACAAUCAAAGUUCAAUGUAGGAGGAACCAUUAUUCAGCACUAAUGGCCGGCUCAUUAGCUCUCAUCUUAAUGGAACCACUUAAAUGCAGUCCUAAGUUGCCAAGACUACAAACUCUAUAAAUACAUUAAAGAGGAUUAUUUAAGUGUACAUUGUACCAAAGAAUUAGUACAUUGUGGCUGAGGCAAUUUUUUGUCUCAGUGAUUUUCUGACAUUUCCAUGACUUAGUAGAUGAUGAAAUAUAAAUUUAUGUUAAGUAUUAUUUGUAAAUAUGUAUAUUAAAGUUUGAUAACUUAUACAGAAGUUUUUGAAUAUUCAAGGAGAAAUUGGGUAGAAAUUUGUGAAUAAUAUAUUUGAAAGUUUUAAAUGUGGAGGCAAAGUGGAGUUACUCUUAAGAUUAUUACUUUUGGCAGGUAGCACUCUUGAAAUACACUGUGAGUAAAUGCCCAGUAGCUGGCCAUGGUCUCCUAAAUGCCCGGCAGAAAGAAAUUUUCACAGAUUUUCCAUAAAAAGGUUCUCUCAAACCUCUUUCGAAUAUCAGAAGCUUUUUCAGAAAUGUUAAAUGAUUCCAAAAAUUAAUUUGGAUUUUCAGUGGACAAACUCUCCUAGCUUAAGCAUACUAGAAUAUUGCUCAGUUUUCAACACUAAGGAAUUGCACACCUCUUAUCACACUACUGGGCUUGGGUCUCAAAUGGAAUAAAUGCCCAGAAGUCAGAAACUUUAAAUAAAAUGCCUCUGAAAAAUUCAUACAAACUUAUUGAGUAAAUUUGAUGUUUGUUUAGAAAUGUUGGUUUUUCAGUGGUCAAGCUGGAACGUACCAUACUAAAACACAUUAAUAUUUUAACCAGUUGAACCAUUAACAGACUUAACAUUAUAUUACAUUAUAGUAUGCAAAAACUCGGAAAAUUUGUCCACUUAAGAACCAAAAACUCAAUUUUUGGAAUCACUUGACAUUCUAAACAAAAAUCUGAUACUAGGAACUCUUCAGUGGCAUUUUGAUUAUUUCUGACUGCUAAGAAGUUAGUCCAUUCAAGACCAUGUCCAGCAACCUGAUUGGAGGUGUGCAAUUUUUGAGAAAUAACCUUUCUGUGAAAAGUCUCUAAAAGGUUUUGACUGUCAGGCAUUUACUCUUUUGGAAACUGCACGCGGCUGUGGUGCAUUUAGUUGCAGUGCACAAUAUAUAUUUGUACACCUGUACAAAUAAACCAUGUUUCUUAUUUUUCACUUGUAGCAACAGUAUUUCCUCUGAAAGGACUUGAAGUAAAAGUCAGAUUUCAGUGGUUCUCGGAGUA